UUUCCGGUCACGGACGUGCACGAUGGCGGCUCACAUGUCGCGCUGCAGGACCUGGAGUCGCUUCCAAAGAUAUGGCAUUACAGCUUAUCGAAAGUACAGCAGUGGUGCCGGAUACCCAAACAUCUCCCUCUCCACACCACUGCCUGGCAUCCCAAAGCCGGCGUUUGCCUCCGUGGACGGGCAGGAAAAAUAUGAAACAAAGAUUACCACCUUAGAAAAUGGCCUCAAAGUCGCCUCCCAAAACAAGUUUGGUCAGUUCUGCACAGUUGGAGUUUUAAUAAAUUCUGGGUCUAGACAUGAAGCAAAGUACCCGAGUGGAAUAGCACACUUCUUAGAGAAACUAGCCUUUUCUUCCACAGCUCAAUACGGGAGUAAAGAUGAAAUCCUUCUAACGCUGGAGAAACAUGGCGGCAUAUGUGACUGCCAGACGUCGAGAGACACCACCAUGUACGCGGUGUCUGCAGAGGUGAAAGGUCUGGACACUGUGGUCAGUCUUCUGGCGGACGCCGUGCACCAGCCUCGCCUGCUGGAUGAGGAGGUGGAGAUGACCCGGAUGGCCGUGCGCUUUGAGCUGGAGGAUCUGAACAUGAGGCCGGACCCCGAGCCCUUACUCACCGAGAUGAUCCACGCUGCUGCAUAUCGAGGAAACACGGUCGGACUUCCGCGCUAUUGUCCCGUAGAGAACGUGGACAAAAUUGACAAGAGCGUGCUCCACAGUUACCUGCGUAACUACUACUGUCCUGAGCGCAUGGUGUUGGCCGGGGUGGGAAUCGAGCACGAUCAGCUGGUGGAGUGUGCCAGGAAGUACCUGCUGGGGGUGAAGCCGGUGUGGGGGGCGAGUGCACCGAGCACACCGGCCAACGUGGACCUCUCCGUGGCUCAGUACACCGGCGGCAUCGUCAAGAUGGAGAAGGACAUGUCGGACGUGAGCCUCGGCCCCGCCCCCAUCCCAGAGCUCACCCACAUCAUGAUCGGCCUGGAGAGCUGCUCCUUCCUGGAGGACGACUUCAUCCCGUUUGCAGUGCUCAACAUGAUGAUGGGGGGCGGCGGUUCCUUCUCGGCAGGAGGACCCGGGAAAGGCAUGUUUACCCGCCUGUACCUGAACGUGCUCAACAGGCAUCACUGGAUGUACAACGCCACCUCCUACCACCACAGCUACGAGGACAGCGGGCUGCUGUGUAUCCACGCCAGCGCCGACCCCAGACAGUUGCGGGAAAUGGUGGAAAUAAUAACCAGAGAGUUCAUUCAGAUGUCCGGCAGCGCAGGAGAGAUGGAGCUGGAGAGAGCCAAAACUCAGCUCAAAUCCAUGCUGAUGAUGAACCUGGAGUCCCGGCCCGUUAUCUUCGAAGAUGUCGGCCGCCAGGUUCUGUCCACGGGGAAGAGGAAACUACCGCACGAGCUUUGCGACCUAAUAAGCAACGUGACGGCCGGCGACAUCAAGAGAGUGACCACCAAGAUGCUGCGCGGUAAACCGGCGGUGGCGGCUCUCGGCGACCUGGCGGAGCUCCCCUCGUACGAACACAUCCAGGCGGCGCUGUCGAGCAAAGACGGCCGUCUGCCGCGCAGCUACCGCCUGUUCCGAUAGACCCGGCUGCUCCCUGGCUGGUUCCUGUACAUGAACUGGACCUGGAGAUGACACUAGUUCCCUCCCGACACGCAGACCACUUCGGUCUGGGAGGGCUCCAACACCCGGACGCGAUGAGAAACAUUUGCCUCCACAGCGAUCUUAGUCUGCGUUCAGCGGGAGGAUCCGUACUUAUCGUCUGCAGGAGCCUCACGUUGCCAAAAGUUUGGUUUCCAAGGGACGUUUUUUCCCCAAACACACAAUAGUUACAGUCAUUUCGCCUUUAAAAUCCCAAAUGUUAGACGGGCUGUUACGUGUAUUGAUGAAUAAUAUUGAUCAUAGACUGGAGGAAGAUGUGGGUUAGUAAUAAUAGUAAUAAUAAUAAUACUGUCAACACCCUAAAAAACAUUUCUACUGAGUGGAAAAAGACUUUAAAAAGAUCUUUUUACCGUAUUUAUGCGAGAGAACCGUCGGAUCCUUAUAGUGAUGCACAUCGAAAGUUACCUGAUGAAUGAUAGAAAGGUUUUCCUCCUCUUUUGGGCUCCAGUGAUUACGGUCUGCCUGAGAACCUGGAGGUGGGGUUGGUGGGUCUCGUCAUCUCUCGGCAUCACCUAGCAACCGUCUGGGAUGCUGCACGUAGUCGAGGGAUUGCCUGCUCCACAACCGGAUUAAAAUGCAAACUUUUGCUUUUAAAUUUAUUAAAACUAUAGCUGGAAGAUGUAAUCCUUCUGUCAUAUGUUUAAAUGUGAAAAAUAUAUUUUAUUUUAAUUGA